AUGUCCGCCCUCCGCGCCGGCGUGGUGCGGGAGGCGGCUUCGGUUGGCGCGGCGGAGGCGAAGGCGGAAAGGGGGCAAACGCGCAACGACACGCCGCCGCGGACGGCGCCGGGGCGCCAUGUUGGAGCGUCGCUUGAGCGCGGGGUCUCGCUUGCGAGCGCGGCCCGCGUCUUGCGCGGGGCUGGGGCGGGGGAGGCCGCGGCGGAGCCGCGGGGGAAUCGCCCGGCGGACCAUAGGACGUUCGAGAGGCUGCAGGAGGCGCUGAAAGAUUUUGAGAAGAGAGGGAAGAAGGAAGUGUGUCCAAUACUGGAUCAGUUUCUUUGUCAUGUGGCUAAGACUGGAGAGACGAUGGUUCAGUGGUCUCAGUUUAAAGGCUAUUUUAUUUUCAAACUGGAGAAAGUCAUGGAUGAUUUCAGAACCUCAGCUCCUGAACCAAGAGGGCCUCCCAAUCCAAAUGUGGAAUAUAUUCCCUUUGAAGAGAUGAAAGAAAGAAUCCUGAAAAUUGUCACUGGAUUUAAUGGCAUCCCCUUCACUAUUCAGCGACUCUGUGAGUUGCUGACAGAUCCUAGGAGGAAUUACACAGGAACAGACAAAUUUCUAAGAGGUGUGGAAAAGAAUGUCAUGGUUGUCAGCUGUGUAUAUCCAUCUUCAGAGAAAAAUAAUUCCAGUAGUUUAAAUCGGAUGAAUGGUGUUAUGUUCCCAGGAAACUCACCAGGGUACUCUGACAGAUCUAAUGUAAAUGGCCCUGGAACCCCCAGACCAGUAAAUCGAACGAAGGUUUCGUUGUCGACUCCAAUGACAACAAACGGUUUGCCAGACAGCACAGAACAUAAAGAGCCAAGCUUGCAGCAAACAGAAGAGAAGAAACACAGUGAAUCACCAGCAGCUGAACCAGAAGGUGCUCAGAGCACCCCAGUAAAAAAUAAGCACUCUGAGGAUGAUCCCGCAGAAGCAGAAGGACAUGAGGUAAAAAGACUUAAAUUUGACAAGGAAGGGGAAGCCAGAGAUACACCAAACCAAACUGCCUCCAGUGAAGUCUCUUCAGGCAUGGGGGAAGAGACAGAAGCAUCCUCCACAUCUCAGGAUAAAGAAAAAGAUGCUACUUGUGCCAGACAGCACUGUAGAGAGGAAGAGGAGGAAGAGUCCUUCAUGUCUCCCAGAAAUGUUGGUCCAGACAGAAAAGAUCAAGACAAAGACACUGAAUCCUCGGGUGUGACCGAAGAGAGCUCUGAGGAGAACAGUCGGAUGGAGGAGUCCGACCAGUCGAGGGCAGAGAAGGAUUUACACUCGGAUGACAGUGAAAUCAGUGGCUCUGCCAGUAAUGGAGCUGACUGCAGUGAAACAGAAGAGCUGGGGUCCUAUGCUAGUGAAACUCCAGAAAAUUCCUCAGAGAGCCCGAUGGAAAACAGUGAUGAAGCCACAGAAGCUGCAGAUGAACCUAUGGAGCAAGACUAAUUUAAAUAAACUUAGAUGCAGUAUUUUCCAUAAGGCUCCGGUUUUACACUGUAUAAAUAAUUUUAUGUAAUAAAGUGGACCUUUAGUUUUACAAAAAGAAGCAGGUUGUAAAAUAAACUUCUCCAUGGAUUGAACCUUGAAAGAGUUGUACAUGAUAAGAACUGUGAAUACCAGCUCCUUCAGGUCCUGCUUACCGCUGAACUUUCGUUUGGUCAAAUCAGUGGUUUGUGUAUAGUUUUUUUUAUUUAGAAUAAAAGUUUUUAAACUGGAAGGUAAUUAAUUAUAAUUUUGACAACUUUUUUGGAGAUCACCACACCUAGUUGUAUGUAAGCAAGAAAGCUUUUUGUCUUGUCUUUUUCUGACAGCUAUAGCAGUUACUUCAUAUUUUGGUUACAGUUUCAACAUUUGACAUAUGAAAUAAUGGGGUUUCAGGCUGGUUUCCAGAUUUUUAUUUGAAUACACACUAUGGAACCUUCUGUUGUGUGUUUAAAAUGUGUUACAUUUCACACACACAUCUGUAUGCACGCAUGCACACCUGUGUGUACCCUCGCUGUUCUGAGGGGGAAAGGGUAUAUUUUUCUGUUUCUAUAAAAGAUAAAUACAGCAAAUACUUUUUCUAUAGGAAAAGACUGAGUUCACCUCUCAAGGCACUUUGUUUUGCCUCUGGAAAAAAACGAAACAAAUGAAAUCUGGCCCAUAUGAAACCCUGGAAAUACUAACAUUGUUGAAAACACCAGAGUAAACACAUUCCAAGAAAACUGUUCCAAUGACAACAUUUUUGUACACUUCUGAGGUGCCUGAGUGAAAGGAGUUCGUUUAUUUAUGAGAAAAUGUGCUUUAUGUUGAGAACGUCGUAAUUAAAACAUUAGCUUAAACUUUUGUAGAAGAAAUGUUUGAAAAUAAGAAAAUAUCUGGGAAGAAAUGAGCAGGUACUUGCCUUUUUUGAGCUUCUUGGAGCUUUGUGAAUAUUGUAGAGGAGUCUCAGAAUUACUUUAAGGUUUGCAGAUGGCAUCGAUCUGAUCACACCACUGGAGUGGAAGGAUGGAUACGUGACCCUGGUCAUGUACCUGAGCUACAAGGUUUAGGGGUGCAUAGAAAUCACCAUGAUUUGUAUAACAUUUUGGAAGUGAACUAAAUAUUUUUGAACAUGCUACUUUGACAGCCAGUGUUACGUUUUUUUCAAACCAGCUCAAAGCACAAACUACUGCUUUAAACUCAAUAUUUUCCAGUUCCCAUAUUUAAAGACAUGCAAGCUGCAACCUCCCAGUCACAAUUACUGGCUGCCAAAUUUAUACCUGUUUCUUCAACUGUACCUUUUUGAUAUUUAGAAUUUUUAAAUUUCUGUAAAGUAGAUUUUUUGUAGAUUGUAAUGAGUGCUCACUGCCAUUGUGAAACGGUAUAUAAUUGUAUAAUUUCUGUGUGUAAACUGAAUGCUUGGGCUUUCAAUACAGUAUUCAUAUAAAGCAAUAAAUAUUAAUGUUAUGAAAUAUCUGAGUACAUUUUUAUCACAAUUGUCCCUCUGGUUUUAAGUUCACGUACCUGAAGUACAAAAAUGACCUCUAAAAUGCAUGCUGAUAGAUUCUUGUACUACAUGGUCUGCUUUGUAUCGUUUGGGGGAAAUUUAGGUUUUGAUUAACACCAGAAUUAAUUUGGCUCAGUUGGAAUAUUUAUAAAGUUAUUUCUUGCUGAUGUUACCUAUCAAGUUGUGAGCAGACAGGAUUCAGGGAGAUGCUUGCAAAAAAAAAAUAAAUCGUAUUGAUCGAGAUCCCCUUAAAGAAGGAAAAUUGUACUUUGACUCAUUUUCAUUGUGCUGAAGGGUUGGAUGUGUGUUAUCAAACUAAAGGACUGAACCAAAAUGAUGAGAUUAGGAAAGUUUAAGACUAUAGUGACAUCUUUACAGUUCUUUUUUUUUUUUUUUAAAUAUUUUGCCAAUGAGAAAAUUUUAAGAUUUCUAAGUUCGGAGAUUUCUGAAAUUUUCUUUUAGAUUGUUUAUUUGUGACGAUAUUGUCAAUAAACUUGUUCUUUAAGCACC